AUGUCUGCUACUGGACAAGGGACACUACGCCGUACUAGGAGUAUAAGUACAGGUAGUAAUGGUAACGAUAGUUCAACAGAUAAUAAUUUCUUGCCUAACCAACGUAUUUUUGAUAAUAACAACAACACAAAACAAUACACUCCUCAACCAAACUCACUACUCGAUUCUCAUACUUCUCAAAAUCUUCAACCUCUCGUUAUUAACGAGAUGUCCUUCACUACAACAUCACCUCCGACACCCUCAAAAAAUAAAACAGCCGAUCCUUUUUCAUUUAGAAAACAACGAAAACCUUUUAAUGGAUCUACCAUUAAUCCACCAACAUCUAAAUUAGAUUUUAAAAAUAUUUUUUUCUUUUUGAUUUUUUUAUGUGCAGUUGUCUUUUUUUUGUGUAGCCUGUGUGGAAUAGGCCCUGUCGAUGAAGAAUUGCUCAUUGAAACUGACACUUCUAUUAUUAUUAAUGAUCCUAACCCUAUAGUUGGUGAUUAUCAAGGGAGGAAUAAGAAUAACGACGUUAAUAAUGGUUUACAUGAAGAUAAAGCUAAUUUUUGGGGAAAAGAUAUUGGAGAAGAGGAUAAUUCACUUUCAGAUGAACAAAAUAAGGAGUUUGCCAAAUUACGAAGGUUGCAAAAACAUACUGACGAUAGCCUAGAUUAUUCUUGUGGAUCAUGGCAAGAAGGCUAUACGAAAUUACAUAACGAAAUUAUAAAUGGAAGCGCUGCUCAAAGAUAUGCAGGAUAUGUAUGUGAUGCUAAAAUGAAUUGUGGUGGAUUGGCAGACCGUAUUCUUGGUAUGACAUCCACGUUUUUAUUUGCAUUACUUACAGAUAGAGCGUUCCUUGCAGACUGGCAAGUUCCACUUCCACUUGAUGCAAUUUUUGAGUCUCCAAAUAUUGACUGGAGUUAUGAUUCUUUUGAUCCAAGUUAUGUUAUUAAAGAUCUUGAUACAACUGAAAUAAAUAUCAUUGAUUACGAUUUACAAGAUUUAGAUUAUUAUUUUCCACUUACCAAUUGGACAACAAGAUAUCCGGACCCAUUUAUAAAAUUUUAUACAAAUCAAGGACUGAUACAACGAACCUUUGACUCAAAAUAUUAUUCGUCUAAAUUAAAGGAAAUUGGCUUAAAACCACAUACUGCAUUUGGAUGUAUAGUAGAUUAUUUAUUUAGACCAGUUCCACCAGCAUUAUCUUUCAUUACACAAUAUUCAGCUUUAUUUGCACUACCGAAUAUUUUUUCUGUUGGUAUUCAUAUACGAACUGGAGAUGUUUAUGAACAAACGCUUUCAUUACAAGAUUACAGUCACUUUUUUAGUUGUGCUGAUCAGAUUACACGAACUUAUGCUCCACCAAACAAAAAGGUGAUAUAUUAUUUAGUUACAGACUCUAUUAAAUUAAGAGAAGAAGCAUACUCCAAAUUUAAUCAUGUUAUAAUUUCUGGGUUUUCAAUUGAUCCUGGGCAUGAUUAUUAUGAUCAUGCAGAUGGUGUAAAUAAUGCAAUAGUAGAAAAUUGGAUUUUAAGUAAAACAGAUUAUAGGGUAUCUUUUCAUUCAAAACAACUUCAUUCUACAGUUUCAUUAUCUACUACUGAAAGCAAUUAUAUAGAUUGUACACGUAAGGAUGCAUUUACUACUUUCAGUGAAAUGACUAAUGAAUGGUCAAUCAGCUAA